CAUGGCACCGGCCCGCGUUCAUUCUCUCAUGCUCAUUUUGACGGAAAACAUUCAAAAGAUAACGAGUCUCCCAUUGAUGAGUCGAAUACUAACACUACGGAACAUGCCGUGAUUUCUAUGUUUGACUUAUUUUCUAUUGGCAUUGGGCCAUCAUCGUCACAUACAGUCGGUCCAAUGCGUGCAGGCGCUAUUUUUGUCCAAGAUCUCCGAGAGGCAGGGCUCCUCAAUUCGGUUAAUAAGAUCAAGUUGGCGCUGUAUGGAAGUCUUGCUGCGACAGGCAAAGGCCACAUGACGCCUCAGGCAUUGCUUUUGGGGCUGGAAGGAGCAGAUUGUGAAACAGUGGAUACAGAGAGUGUCCCUGUUAGAUACGAAGAGAUAAUCAAAACGAAGAGACUCACAUUGGGCAAGGAUUCUACAGAGCAGGGUCCUUCAAAAGAGAUUUACUUUGACUUUGAUAAAGACUUGGAGUGGAAAUGGGGUCAAGUGCUGCCAAUGCAUUCGAAUGGCAUGCGUUUCAGCGUAUUUAACGAGGACGGCGACCUUUUGGCAACAAACGAAUUUUACAGUAUCGGUGGUGGCUUUGUGUUGAAUGGGACAAUGGCUGUCGCCACGACCGCUGGUUUGCAGCCCAAACCUACCCCAAUUCACUCAUCGACUGACUCGGAGUUGGAGCGACCGAUUACACUAUCUCCUGAAGUGACAGAUCACCACCCCAUCGACGUUUUAGAGAAUGUCUUUUACAAGUCUAUUCGCCGUAAUGAUGCAGAGGGUGAGCGUCGAGACGGUGCGUCUUUGCAAGAUGCCCACUCAACUGUACCGCUUCUUUCCCAGAAUGGCCAACCUGAGCCUCUAGCUAAGGAGGAGUCUAAGCAGCCUCCAUUCCCCUUCCGUAAUAUGUCACAACUACUUUCAAUUUCGCGGAAGCACAAUUUAACUAUUGCUCAAAUCGUUUACGAGAAUGAACUCACUUGGUAUACCCCUGAGGAAAUUCAUGAUAAAAUUAUGAACAUUUGGCAGGUGAUGGAUGAAGGCAUUCGCGCGGGUGUUAUGAGCGAACAGGAGGUUUUGCCCGGCUCUUUGCGCAUGAAGAGACGAGCUCCCAAGCUUUAUGCGCGUUUAAUGCGCGGAUUGUACAUGGGUCCCCGUCGCCUAGGAAAUAUGAGCGGCCCUACGACCUCAGAGGCUACUGUGGAUACCAAGAGCAAGCGCGUUCCACCAGGUGCAGAGGUGCCGGCUGUGGCAUCCCGGGCUACUAAGCGGGUUCCUCGCAUUCGCGGCUCCUUCCACCACGAGAUUUUGCCUGUGCCCCCGCGUCGGACCAACUUUCCAGCAAUGGACUGGCUUUCUUGUUGGGCUAUUGCUACCAACGAGCAAGUGGCCGCAGGUGGGCGAAUCGUCAUAGCUCCCACGUUGGGUGCCGCUGGCAUUAUUCCAGCCGUGCUUCGCUACGUGGUGGAGUUUGUUGCGCUUACACCGGAGGAUGAAGAGAAUCUCAUUAAAACAUUCCUUUUAACAGCUGCUGCAAUUGGUAUGCUCUUCAAGCGAGGGGCUACCAUCAGUGCUGCGGAGGGUGGCUGCAUGGCGGAGGUGGGGACCAGCUGCUCGAUGGCAGCGGGUGCUUUUGCGGCCUGCAUGGGUGGCAGUCCUGAAGUAAUUGAGCAGGCUGCUGAGACGGCCAUCGAGCAUAAUCUAGGCCUAACGUGUGAUCCAGUGGAUGGACUUGUGCAAGCCCCGUGCAUUGAGCGGAACGCGGUGGGAUCUGUGAAGGCCGUUGUUAGUGCAAACCUCGCCCUUUCGUCUGAUGGAGUACAUUCUGUCACAUUAGACGAAGCCAUUCAUGCAGCGCGCCUGACUGCUCGUGAUAUGCAUACUAAAUACAAGGAGACUUCCUUGAGUGGCCUGGCCACCACAGUCAAGAUCCCUGUCGCAGUGCCGGACUGUUAG